UAUAUAAAUCUGGAAUCAGCUAUGCUUUUAAUUAGGAUCAUUGUUUUUAUUGAACAUGCACCGGUAAUCGUAUGUCGUAAAAGAUAUUCAGAAGUGAAAGUUGAUAAAUUAUCUUCCCGUAUUUUGCAAUUUGUUUUUCUAACUGUCACUUAAACAUUCCAGUUACAAAGAAAUGUCUGAUAGUGACCAAAAUACUAAUGCCAUCACAGAGGAACAAAGAAAACAACAGCUAGCAAAAUUUAAUUUAAAUGUGGAUGAAUCCAUAACAGCAAGUGAAAGUCAAGCCCAUGUGUCAAAUAAACAGGUCAAUGGCUUUCCAGAUAAAACAGGGGACUCAAAUAUUCAAACAGGGGCAAUAACAGAUAGUGUCAAUAUAUCAGAACAAACAAAUAAUAGUGAUUCCAUAAAUUCUAGUCGAGAUAAAACUGACACCAUUCAGAGUAAAAGUGUGCCUAAUGAAAUCGUAGAAGACAUUGCUGAUGACAUAUCCGAUGGAAUCGUGAAAGAUUUUUCUAAAAACAUAGCUACAUAUGUUACAGAGGUGUGUAAGUUUGACGAACAAUACGAGAAAGAACAAAUGAAUGAAUCGUCAGAAACUCAGGAUAAAGAUUCAGCUAGUUCAAAUAGUGAAAUAAAUGAAAAUUCUUCAGAGGAUAAGGCAAAUGAACCAAAUUCAGAACAAUCAGAAGGGGCUAAAGAAGAAUCAAGUUCAGUAGAAGAGGAAAAAGAAGCCACUCCAUCAAAUCAAGAUAACAUCAAGGAAAAUGAUGUAAAAGAUCAAACAAAAGAAAAAAAGAAUGGCGAGGAUGAAGAUGGUUACUUAGACUUAUUAGGGAAUGGUUUAUUAAAGAGAAAGGUAAUUGAGGGAGAAGAUGUUGAAGACAUAAAGCCUUAUCAUGGAGAUAUAGUGACUAUUAACACAAGUGGCAAGUUGGAAGAUGGGACUGUUGUUGACAUUAUAGAAGACCUGAGUUUUCCUGUUGGUGAAGGGGAUGUUAUACAAGCAUGGGAUCUUGGUGUAAUGACAACAAAUGUUGGACAGACAAUUGAAUUAACUACUGAUGCAAAAUAUGCUUAUGGAGAACUAGGAAGGAAACCAGACAUUCCUUCAAAUGCUACAAUUACAUACAUGAUUAAGUUAACCAAGAAAGAAGAGGCUCCUGAUAUAAAUAAACUAAAUGUGGAUGAGAGAUAUGAUAUGGCGGAAAAGAAGAGAGAAAGAGGCAAUGAGGUUUUUGGAAGAAACGAUUAUGCAGGGGCAAUUAAUUCAUACAAUAAGGCAAUAAAGAUUUUGGAAUCCGGUUCCUUACAAGGUACCCCUUCAAAACUCCAGGAGCUAGCAGACUGUAGAUUAAAGUGUUGUAACAAUAUGGCAGCUUGCCAACUUAAGGUAGAAGCAUAUGAUGCAGCAAUGAAAUCCUGUCAGGCAGUGUUAGAUUUACAACCAGAUAAUGUCAAGGCCCUUUUCAGACUUGGAAAGGCCCAUACAGCAAAAGGUAAUACAAAAGAAGGGAUCCAAUACUUACAGAAAGCCUUUAGACUAGAGCCAGAAUCUAAGGUUAUCAAACAAGAAAUCAAGAAAUUAUCUCAGAAAAUCAGUAAAGAAACAGAGGUAGAGAAAAACAUGUAUAAAAAGAUGUUAGGGACAAAAACAACAACACCAACAGCAGCAACAUUAACAACAACAAAUCAGAAAUCGUGGAAAUGGGCUGUGUUAGGUGGAGGAGUAGCGGCUGUGGUGGCAGCAGGACUGGCGGCAUACAGAUAUGGACAUCACUAAUGAUCACUUCAUUUAGCAUCUCAAAUCUCUCAAACCUGUAUCUCAUUGGUUUUUUUUUAUAAACCAUUUUUUUCAUUCAUUUUGAAGACAAAUGAGGCACUUAGUUUUCAGGCAUUCUCUCAUCUUCAAUCUCCUAUUGUUACUCUACUCUGGACCUCAUUUUUUGUGGUUGUGAAUAAAAAAGUGUUAGUUAUUAGAAUGUUUACGAGGGCCUUUACAGAAUAUAACACCUUUACUGUACACCAUGUAGUUUUCAAUGUGAUAUAUACUAAAAAAGGCAAAGAAGCAUUAUUACUGAGGUACUUUUUUUUAAUUCUACUUAACACAAUAAUACUUGACCUAAAUACUUGACCUAUAACAUUUGGGAUUUAAAAGAAAGUGGCAUUUGUUAUCUAGUUUACGUUAAGGACUAAGGAGUCAUAUAAAAUUCAUAUUUUAUCUUUCUUUUUAAAAUCUAUAAGGCAAAUGAAAAAAAUGUAACACCUUAUGAAAUAGUUGCCAUGGUUAAUGUUUAUUUUGAACAUAUUCAGGAUAUUGUGGGUAAAUAUUUUACUAUAUAUCCCAUGAUCCAUAAAUAUUAACAACAUUUCAAUCAUAUAGUGGAGACAGUCUGUAAAAACAUUGAGACUGUUUGGGGCCAAAUUUAUAUGCGUCACUUCUUUUUUGAAGAACAGUAUGUUAUGAUUUGAGAUUUUUAUCCGAUUUGUAAUUGUUUCAUGUUGAAAUUGUUUUUAUUACAUUUUAAAGUAUAUGCUUUUCAGUAGAUAUUUGAAAACUAACAUCAUAAGGAAAUCCAUGUCAAAAUGUACAGUUUGCAUGUUAUCUUAACAAUUCUAGCAACUAACUUAAUGAGAUUGGGUGUGGAAGAUAUUUAUGUUGAAAUAUAAGGUUGAAAUUGUGUGAGGAAAAUUGUUCAUCAACUGAUGAAAUUUGGAAAACAUUUAUUUAUAUUUUAUAAAAAUUUUGUACGAAAUACCCAUAAUACCUUUAUAUUUGACCUCAUGUCAUCCUAUAUAUAGUGUCUAUGAAGAGAAACGUCUAUAAAAACAGUACCUACUGUAUGUUAAAUAUUUUGGUGAGGGGUUUCGUUUUCAAUAUUUAUAUCCCACCACAUAUUUUUAAUCUUCAAGAUGAUCAAAAUCUGAGUCAGAGACAUAAAAUGCCUCCACAUAUUAAAUCCACACAGAACAGAUUUUACCCUAUAAAUCAUAAUAUUCUAAAAGCACCAAAUAUAAACCAGAUACAUUGUAAUAGUAUUCUGUUUAAACAUUUUGCUGAGAAAUUAUUUUCAGAGAAUAGGUUGAUGGCCUGAUAGCUUUACUUUUAUCAUUAAUAUUGAAUAAUUUGGUUCUUUUGGUUUGUAGAAAAAGAAUAAAACUUUCGUUUCUUUGCCAGUACACACUACAGUUUUGAUAUAUUCAGUAUAUGCACCUUUUAUAGAUAUUCUUAUCUUGUUAAAUGGACUCUUUAAGGAUGUCUCUUAAAGCUUUGAAUAAGUUUGACAUCUUUAUUACUCAGUAUAAAAACUAUUGAUAGGAAUAAAGAAUUAUACCAAAUUAUUUCAAUUUAUAAGGGAGAUAACUCAGGAUUUCAAUUAAAAAUAAUUUUGACCAUUGUUAAGGAACAUUUCUCAUUAAAAAUAAAUUCCUAUUGACUUAUUCCUGUCUUUCUUAAAUGUGACUUGUUGAAUGUUUUAUUAUUUUUUGCUGUGCUAGAAAAUUAAUUUCAGAUUGACAAUUGCUAGAACUUAUUUUAAUUAUUUGAACCUGUUAUGGAUGUUACAUGAUAUCUUUUUUAUUAUUGUUUUUUUUCUAAGUAAGAAAGAUUGUGGACAAGAAGCUUUUAGAAAAUGACUCAAAUAAAUAUGGACAGUUGUUUUACUGAAGUCUGUACUGUAUAUUUCAUGUUGUUUGUUUCCUCUACUAGUAAUGAAUGAAUUGGUUUCUGGCUGAAUGUGUCAUGCAUAAUAAUGAAAGUUAUACAUUUUAGCAAUAAUAUCUUUUAAUAUAUUGUUUAAUAUGUGAUUAAUUCAACUAUUAAAAUUAUCAUGAUUUUGUAAACAUGUAUGUGAAUACAAUGCAAAAUAAAAUAAAUCAGAGAAAUAAACAUAAUUUUGAUGUA